UAUGUGUGUGCACUACCUGUUUCAACAGGUCAGUUGUAGCCAGAUUUAUUAUUGGUGUGGUAUGGUGUUGCUGAAAAAAAGCUGAACAAUGAGCUCUGCAGAUUGUUUGAGGCUGUUCGUGCUUUGUUUUUGGCUGCUGGUUGGUGAUGUAAAUUGUGAGAAUACCCAGAGAGGUUAUGUCCUACGUGUCCAGGCAGGACAGGCCCCAGUGGGAGUCCACAAUGACAAUGGAGACCAUAAAGGAUUGAGUGAAACCUCUGUUUUCAGAAGACUUUCAGCUGGUUACAGGAUGCCAAGUUUGGACAGAGGACAAAGUGGCUAUGUUUACCCUGCUGAACAACAGCACACCAUUGAUUCUAAACCCUCACAAACUCAAAGUCAUUAUCCUGUUAUUCCUGAAACACAAAAUGGUAAUGUCAACCAUUUUGAAUCUGGCUCCAACUCUGCCUCAGCUAUGCAAGGAGGAAAAACAGUGGUGUACAAUCGUGCUGGACACAAAGCUUUUCCUGACGGUAGGAAGAUUCAUCAAGCAAGUUCUGAUUCUGUGUUCUCAACAGGUACAGUUCAGUUUUCACCCCUUAUGUAUCGCGUUAGAACUAAGUCAACAGGAGGGUUUUCACCUGUUCAGGUAGACAACACUCCAGUAAGCUUGUAUUCACACAGCAGUACAGUGAGUCCAGAUAUUCAUUCUGUCAAGUCUAGUCUGAAGUCUGAUGCAACCCCCAUCAGACACCACAUACAGUCCAUCCACCCUCAAGAGUCACUUCUCACAACCGGGUCUGAGGUGAAUGGAUAUCAGUCAGCUCAUCUUUUCCACAACAGCUUAAUUCAUGACAAGACCAACUUGUUGCCAAAAGUUUUAAAACCUAUCAAAGAUAUAGACUCCACCAUAAAGGGACAUUCUCCUGGAAGCAACUCUGGAGGCACUCAGAUGUCUUAUCCAACAUGGAGUCCAAGGGUCUACAGCGGUGAUGUGACAUCUGAAGCGAGAGGAUAUGCCCAUGUCCGCCGCCUCAAGCCUGGUUUUGAAAAAACAGGGCCCCAUGCUAGUUCUGCUACAGGUAAAAAGUUCUCGGAAACAGGUUUCCCAUCUGUAAAUCAAAAUCAGGGAAGUUACGGCCAUGAUUCAAAGAACUUAGGGUUUGGUCCUGGUGUUCCAAUAUCAAGUGAGAGGCAGCAAAAUCUUAAUCAAAAUUCCAGAGAAAGCCAACUCAGCAGCCGGCAUCCUCCACUACCAGACAGACAAGUCCUUGUCCAAGGCAAGUUCAAACCCUUUCAAAGACUUCCCGCUGAUCUCCCUGCUCACACCCAUCCAUCAGACGCUCCCCAUCUGGAGGCUGCAGUGACAACCCUGCCCCCUAGUUUGAACUGUACCAAUACUACCGCAAUCACUGGAGAGAUGAGCACCAAGUCUGCUUCACCCAUGCAGACAGAGGCCUCAGAUGCAGAACUUUUACCUCAAACAUCAAUCCCUGAGGGCCAGUCUGGGAGUUCAGCAGAAGUUGGACCAACAUUGGAAGAAAACAAACCAUUACCAGAUUCUCCUCCAAAGCUACAACUUACAGAAGACAAUAUAGAAGAUGACAAGGUGGUGACAAGUCCUUCAGAAACAGAUCAGUCUUCAACAGACCAGCCAGAUACUACUGCUGCAAAUGUAAAUAGUAGCAACACCAGCUAGAGAUUUUAAACCAACUUGGAGCUCUACUGCUUGUCCAGAAAGGGUCUGACUUUGAAUAAAAACAUUAAAACCCUU